UCCUGACCAGGUUAUUAAUAUGAGCAAGAGCUGCGUCACGAUGAUGUUGUGUGGAUCUGCUGAUGGUACAUUGUUGCCACCUUUCAUAAUAUACAAAAGUGACAACCUCUACACAUCAUGGAUACAAGGAGGUCCAAAAGGAGAUCCUUGCUGUCAUUUUUGCUGCUGUAAGAACGGCACACAAUUCCAUAACACAGCCAGUGGCUGGAUGGAUACUAAUGCUUUCCAGAAGUGGUUUAGUGAACUCCUCUUGCCUCACCUUCAAAACCUGGAUGGGCCCAAGGCUGUUAUUGGUGAUAAUCUGAGUGCUCACUUCUCAGAGACUGUACUCAAACUAGCAGAAGACAAUGACACCAAGUUUAUCUGCCUUCCCCCUAACUCCACAGAUAAAACACAGCCACUGGAUGUCACAUUUUUUGAACCUAUGAAGAAGGCCUGGAAACAUGUCCUGGAGGAGUUCAAAGUAGAAAACCCAUAUGUAAGCAUAGUGAACAAGCAAGUCUUCCCAAAACAGGUGAACAAACUCUUCAAACACCCUUCAUUCUAUCCAAACAUUGAAAAAAACCUGAAAAGUGGCUUCAGGGGUACUGGGAUUUUCCCCUUAGACAUAAUUAACCUGCUUUUCAGACUGGGCAACACUCGUACUGGUAAAGAUGCCACACCAGUCUUAUCACGGGCUACCAGUUCCACUACAUCCUCUUCCCUUGUGAUUGAAGAAUCACCUGAAGCAAGCAGUCUUUCAAAUACCUUUGUCAAUUACCUUGAAGAGAAGAAGUUUCCAAAAUGUGCUAGAGGAGCACAUCGUGGAGGAAGAGGAGCAAAAAUUCAAGCUGGCACUCGUGUUGUGUCAACAAUAAACCAAGAUGAAGCUGAAGUAUCUGGCCAAUCCACUUUUGACAUGCACCCUUCAACAUCAAAAGAUCCAUUUGCAUACGCAGUUCAAAAGAAUGUUAAGAGGAAACUGGAUUUGCUUGCAAGGAGAGAUAAUGCUGAGUCAGAGAGCACAGACAUGGAUACUGACCAAGAUUCAGAAGAAACAAAUGAUGUCAGGCCUACACACUCCAGAAGUGCCAGAGUAUUGACACCAAUGCUUUCACCAGCAGGCACACCAUCAAAGGUGCAGAAAGAAAUACCCUCUCCUACUUCUGGGACCCCUACAACAGGUACACCAGCAGGCACACCAUCAAAGGUGCAGAAAGAAGUACCCUCUCCUAGUUCUGGGGCCCCUACAGCAGGCAAUACAUCUGACAAAGUGAAACCCACCCCUACCAAGAAAUUAAAAACAACUGCUCCUAUCAGUGCCACUGAUGAAGGAUCCUGCACCUCAACAAUAACUAAAAGCAGUGCACUUAAAGUGGGUAGCUUUGUGAUUACCAAAGUCUAUGUCAACAACAGCAGUGACAAACAUCGAAAAUAUUUAGCCACUGUUGAUCACUUUGAUGAGACUGAGGUGUCUGUCACAUUCCUCCAUGCAAGUGAAUCCAAGAUUGUAUUUACAGUGGCUAAAGAUGACACAGCCUCAGUGGAGAUGAAGGACAUCUGUGAAAUAAAUGACGUGCCUUAUAAGUUUAAUAGUAGAGAGCAGUAUGUGUUCAAUGCUGCUCUUGAUGUAAGUCUGUAGGCAUUAGCUUAGGUCAGUGAUUCAGUCUUUAUUUACAA